AUGCACGUGAUCCUCAUCCUGACCAAGCUUUACGACUUCAACCUGGGGGCCGUCACCGAGAGUUCUCUGUGGAGGUCCAGUGAUUAUGGAAGCACCUACGUGAAGCUCAAGGUGGGCUCCAGGACGGUGCUGAGCUACCUCUACGUGUGUCCGACCAACAAGCAGAAGAUCCUGAUCCUGAGCGACCCGGAGGUGGAGAGCGCAGUUCUCAUCAGCUCAGACGAAGGCGCCAGCUUCGAGAAAUACACCAUGAGCUUCAACAUCGUCAGCCUGCUCUUCCACCCGGCACAAGAGAACUGGAUCCUGGCCUACAGUCACGACAGCAAGCUCUACAGUUCAAUGGAUUUUGGGAAGAAGUGGCAGUUUGUUCAUGAAAAUGUCAUGCCGGGACGAUUCUAUUGGGCUGUGAUGGGCCUGGACAAAGAACCCGACGUGGUCCACCUCGAAACUCGCAUCUCCCAAAACCGAGCCCGGUAUGUGAAGUGCCGAGCCCAGCGCUGCAGCGAGCCCCAGCGUCAGUAUCUGUUUCCUGGACACAUGGACAUCAACUCCAUGGUGGUGCAGGAUGAAUACGUCUUCACCCAGGUAACCAAGUCUGGCCGCACAAGCUACUUUGUGUCCUACAUGAGAGAUUCCUUCAAGCAAAUGAAAUUACCCAAAUACUGCCUCCCGAAGGACAUACACAUCAUCAGCACGGACGAGAAGCAGGUCUUUGCCGCGGUGCAGGAGUGGAAUCAGAAUAACACUUACAGUCUGUACAUAUCCGACUCUCCGGGCGUCUACUUCACCCUGUCCCUGGAGAACCUGAGGACCAGCAGAGGACUGGCCGGGAAUCUGCUUGUGGAUUUCUAUAAGGUUGAAGGCAUAAACGGCAUGUACUUGGCCAACAAACUGGUGGAUAAUCAAGUUAAGACGUUUAUUACCUACAACAAGGGUCAGACGUGGGCUCUUCUGCCUGCUCCCACCGCGGACAUGGCAGGGAACAACUUGCACUGCAUCCUGCCCUUCUGCUCGCUGCACCUUCACCUGGAGAUGUCCGAAAACCCGUACACGUCCGGACCGAUCACCAGCAAGAAGUCCGUCCCCGGGAUCAUAGUGGCAACAGGGAACAUCGGCUCGGAACUCUCCACCUCAAACCUGGGAAUGUACAUCACUGCAGACGCCGCCAACAGCUGGAGACAGAUCUUCGACGAGGAGCACAACAUUUGGUUUUUGGACAACGGCGGCGCACUCCUGGCCGUCCUCCACGCCGCGCAGCCCAUCCGACACUUGUGGAUCAGUCUGGACGAAGGCAAGAAAUGGGAUCGGCACACUUUCUCUUCAGCGCCUCUGUACGUGGACGGGGUUCUGAUGGCGCCCGAAUCGGAAAAUCACAUUAUCACGUUCUUCGGACACUUCAGCUACAGGUCAGAGUGGCAGCUGGUCAAGAUCGACUACAAGGGCAUCUUCAGCAGGAGGUGUAUGGACGGGGACUAUCAAACAUGGCACCUGCACUACAAGGGGGAGCUGUGUGUGAUGGGGGAGAAGCAGGUUUAUAUGAAGCGUCGUCCUGGAUACCGCUGCAUGCUGGCACAGGACUACUCCAGGAUCUACUCCUCUGAGCCCUGUGUCUGCAACUCCUAUGACUUUGAAUGUGAUUAUGGGUGGGAACGCCAGACGGACGGAAAGUGCUCCCCUGCCUUUUGGUUUAAUCCAAAUGGAGCUGCUAAGAGCUGUAGCAACAGUCAAAGUUUUUUUAACAGCACAGGGUACCGUAAGGUCCUGUCCAACAACUGUAAGGAGGUGGGACGAAGCACGUUCUCCCCCAAGAGGCAGACGUGUCGCCCCAGAGCACCCCAGGGCCUGCGCCUCACCACCAGCACCGCCGAACUCAGCGCUAACAUGGGAACCAAUGUCACCUUCAUGGUCCAACUGGAGGAUGGAGACGCUCAGAGGACUACCAUGCAGCUCGACUUCGGAGACGGCAUCCGCAUCACCUACUCCAACCUGAGCAGGACUAACGACGGCAUCAAGCACAUCUACAGAGCCACGGGGAUUUACCGCGUCACGGCCCACGCCCAGAACAGCCAGGGAGCGGACAGCAGCGCCUUGUUCCUGCACAUCACUAGUCCAGUGGAGCGCAUCUAUCUCUUUGCUCCCAUAGUGACGGUCCGGGGGAAGGAGGCCAACCUGAGUGUGCUGGUUUGGCCUAACCACACCAGAACCCUGACCUUCUUCUGGUGGUUUGACAACAGCUCCGAGCCGCUCAUAACCUUGGAGGGAAGCAUCUCCUACGUCUUUCAGAGAGCGGCCCAAAGCAAGGUCACGGUCCAGGUGGCCUCAGGGAGCGACGUUAUGCAGGACUCGAAAGUGAUCACUGUGAAAGAGUACUUCAGGUCCCUGCUGUUGUCUUUCUCUCCGGCGCUUGACGAGCACAACCCUGACAUCCCAGAGUGGAGGGAGGACAUCGGACGUGUGGUGCGGACAGCUCUGUCACAGGUGUCAGGAGUAGCGGAGGAGCAGCUGUUGGUGACGCUGUACCCAGGACUGCCCACCACCGCCGAGCUCUUCAUCCUGCCUGAAGCACACGUCAUGGGGGAGCACAAGAGGAGGAGUGAGGGCCUGGACACGAUAUCAGAUAUUUUUGUCACCGCCCUAAACCAAGGCCUGGUCCAGUUUGAACUCAAAGCAAAUAUCCGCAUUGUUGUGUACGUCACUCAGCAGACUUUAGCUCCUCUGGUGGACUCCAAUUCCAUCCACAGUGGUCCGGCCAUGCUCAUGCUGCUCAGCGUGGUCAUAGUGGGGGUCGCAGCCUUCUUCAUCUACAAGUUUAAAAGGAAAAUUCCUUGGAUCCACGUGCAGACCGAGGACACUCAAGAGAAGGAGCCAGAGGUGAUCAGCACAGUCAGCCCCAGCGACAACAUGUCCAACCUGUCCGCCAUUCCCAAAAACGUCCCCAAGAUGACCACCUGUAUGUCCAGUAUGCCCCCCACCAUGUCCUCCACCAUGCCCAGGGUGAAGCUCAGCGACUUCCCUUGUCAGAAGGAGCUGCUGGAGAAGGAGCUGGAGGCCCGCAGUCGAGCAGCAGCCGCCCCACUGUGGCACCUGGUGUUCCCAGAGGUCUCCCGUCACAGUGCUUACAAGGUCCUGCCCUGCUUCGCGUCAGAAGUCUGA